CCGGCUUCCCCAGCUCCCAUACCGUGCUUUGGCACACUGCACGCCUGUUGGUUGUUGCACAGCGCUCUCCCGCUGCUGCAAGCAUCCACGGGUGUUAAAAAAAACAGGGAACGCUUAAGCCCUCCAGCUUCAGCGGCUCUGGCAAAAAAAUACAACUUCAACAACAGAGACUCGACGCAUCUGCCCCGAGGACGCAUAAUCAAAAGCAGGAAUCAUGGCUUCCCCCACUGUCGCUACUCCCGUCGAGGCUGUCGCUGCUGGCACCCCGCCCGCCCCCACUGCGGCUGCCCCUGGCGCCGGCACCGCUGCUGCUGCCACCCACAACUCCAGCCUGUAUGUCGGCGACCUGGAUCGCGAUGUCACCGAGGCCCAGUUGUUCGAGGUCUUCUCGCAGAUCGGCCCGGUGGCCUCCAUUCGCGUUUGCCGUGAUGCCGUCACCCGCCGCUCCCUGGGCUAUGCGUACGUGAACUACAACAGUGUGCUGGACCCGGCGGCUGCCGAACGUGCGCUGGAUCAGCUCAACUACACCCCGCUGGUUGGCCGCCCGAUGCGCAUCAUGUGGAGCCACCGCGACCCUGCCUUCCGCAAGUCGGGGGUCGGCAACAUCUUCAUCAAGAACCUGGACAGGUCGGUGGACAACAAAGCGCUCCACGACACCUUCUCCGCCUUUGGCAACAUCCUGAGCUGCAAGGUGGCCCAGGAUCUCAAGGGCGAGAGCAAGGGCUAUGGGUUUGUGCAUUUUGAGAAGGAUGAAUCGGCACGCCUGGCCAUUGAGAAGGUGAAUGGCAUGCUGCUGGAGGGCAAGAAAGUUUAUGUGGGGCCUUUCCUGCGCCGCUCUGAGCGCUCCAGCGAUUCCGAGGUCAAGUUCACAAAUGUGUUUGUGAAGAAUUUGGAUGAGGCCGUGAGCGAUGAUGAGGUAAAGGCCAUGUUUGCGGAGCACGGCACCGUCAACUCGUGCAUCAUCAUGCGGGACGACGAGGGCAAGAGCAAGGGCUUUGGCUUUAUCAACUUCGAGGAACCCGAGCAGGCGGCCUCAGCGGUGCAGGCCCUGAAUGGGAAGGACGUGAAUUGCAAGGAGCUGUACGUGGGUCGCGCCCAGAAGAAGGCGGAGCGUGAGGCCAUGCUGCGUGCCAAGUUUGAGGAGCUUCGAUCAGAGCGCAUCGCCAAGUACCAAGGCAUGAACCUGUACGUCAAGAACCUGCAUGAUGACAUUGACGAUGAGACGCUGCGCACUGAGUUCUCCCAGUUUGGCACCAUCACCUCCGCAAAGGUCAUGGUGGACAGUGCGGGCAAGAGCCGUGGCUUUGGCUUUGUGUGCUACGCCAGCCCCGAGGAGGCCACCCGCGCCGUGACCGAGAUGAACGGGCGCAUGAUCAAGGGCAAGCCCAUCUACGUCGCGCUGGCGCAGCGCCGUGACGUGCGCCGUGCCCAGCUGGAGCAGCAGUACCAGCAGCGAGUAGCCAUGCCGCCCGGCCCCCGCGGCCCCAUGGCCCCUGGCAUGUUCCCACCAGGUGGCGCCCCGCCCAUGUUCUACCCGCCCGGGCCGCGUGGCCCCAUGGGUCCCGGCAUGAUGAACCCAUACAUGAUGGCCGGCCCCGGCCGCGGCAUGCCGGGGCGUGGCCCCCGCGGCAUGAUGAUGCCCCCGCAGAUGAUGGGUCCCGGUGGUGCACGCUCUGGGCGUGGCGGCCGUGGUGGCCGUGGCGGCCGCGGCGAGUUCAUGGGCCGUGGCCGCGGCCCUGCCAGUGGGCGUGGUGGCCGUGGGCGCGGGGAGGGCAUCCCGGCACCACCUGUCGGAGCGCCAGCGGCACCUGCCGCUGCUGUGACGCCGACCGAGGGUGGCCAGCUCACCGCUGCCAUGCUUGCGGCGGCUCCAGCUGAGCAACAGAAGCAGCUGCUGGGCGAGCGCCUGUUCCCGCUGGUCGCCAACGUGCAGCCCGACCUGGCCGGCAAGAUUACUGGCAUGCUCCUCGAGAUGGACAACUCAGAGCUCCUGCUGCUGCUGGAGGAUCCAACUGCCCUUGAUGCCAAGGUGGAGGAGGCGGUGUCGGUUCUGAAGCAACACAACGCCAUACCUGAUGGUGCUAUUGUGCGCGAGAAGGGCGGAGCUGGCCAGGCUUAAGCUCAGCAAGCAGUGAUUGGGUAAAACGCGCCCAGCCCGGCUUGCAGCCGGCCAGCAGCGCUCACCCUCGCUUGGGGGGGCGCUCUGGGAUCGGAGACGGCUGCAGGCGGGGCCCCGACUCUCUGCGCUGCGGGCCUUUGGCACCGCGGCGGCAGCGCAGAGUGCAUCUAUCGGUUGAUUUCAAAUCGCGGUGCCUGCAUGCUAGUGGAGAUUAACAUUCAAGGGAGGGCCAUGCUCUUGCCGCUGUGUGUGUUUCUUUGCUUGCUCGCACCCAUUAGAACCAAGCUGGUCUGGCAGGCUCAUCGGCGAGGCCAAAGUCGCAAGCCAGCAAGCGUCCAGCAGUUACACAGCGGGCAUACAGCACGACUGGUUAAAGUUGCAUGCUUGCUGUGGCUUGAUGGCACCUCAAUAUUGCUCCUGAUCACAUGGGCCGGUCCACGCGCUCCAGCGCCUCUAUUGUGAUGAUGCUGUUAC